UGCGUCGUGGAUAAGAACAGCCCUUAGCCAUCUUAUAUUGGCCAUAUACCACAGCCUCUUGGCCCUUAUUGUUUAAUUAUAGACUAGUUAUAGAGAGCCCACCUGAUGGCACAGUGCAGUUUAUGAGGCAUGCACUAACCUACUGACCCACAGUCUUUUAGCCUAAAUUAGUAUUGUAUAAUACUAUAAUAUAGGCCUACUAAUAUGGCCUAACUAUGUGGGCCUAACAACUUUUUUUGUUUGAAUAACACAGUAAAGUUAUUCACUUAAUGUAAGAAACCCCUUACAAUUGAAUGUGAUUUUGUCAGUCAACAGUGAACAAUAACACUUCUGCACAACAGCUUAACUCUUUGCUUUUAUAUAAAACAUCAAAAUAGCAUCUCUUUCUAUUCCAUGUUUCUAAUGAGUGCUUGAUAGGCUGAAUCUUGUUCAUAAGAAUGUGCCAGGUGGCCUGUAUGAAUUAAUCUUCUAUUUUGAGUAUAGGGACUUUAGAGAACUGUAACCUGUCCCUAUGCUGUUUUAAUGAAUCAAUUCAAUUACUUGCCUUGACUAUAACCAUGAAGUAGACCCAACUAUAAAAUUAGAGAUGGAAUGUUAUAGAAUAUACGUUUUUUUCUUCUUCUUUGUAAUAGAUAAAAAGUAUACAAAAUGAAGAGCAAUAAUGACUUGAGACCGUGUGGGAAGACAAGGGAGGGGCUUAUAAAGUAUCAACUUCAAUGUUUUAGCUUUUGAGGCGUGCACCGCAGAAAACCCUCACUAAACCCUUAGGUUACUUUCAUACAACCACUGUUUAUAAGCUCAUCCGCACUUUUAGCCUACACACGGAGUUCUGACGUUCGAUUUAAACGUAGUUCCUUCGUUGGAAUUAGACUGUUGAUUCAACGUUGUUGGAGAGCUGGGUUUGAAUUCCUGCAUUUUCUCCCGCAAGAUUGUGUUUGAACCUUUACUGUUCCGAACCCACAAGUCUUGGAGUCAAAACGUAGGAGGGAAAGGACAAGAAAAAGCCAAAAAGGCUAUCUGAAACAUGCUCUCCUUGUUGUGCCUCAUGCUGUUUGUUCCACGUGUGUUCUCCUCAUCGACACCAGUGGCUGUAAUCUUCCCCCAGGACCCGGCGUUGCGGAUGGGCUCCAGCCUGACGGCCACGUGCACAGUGAGCCCCGAGCGGGGGCUGCAUGCCAACACUAUGUACUGGACCAUGAACGGGAAGAGACUCCCUAGUAGCACGUAUGACCUGCUGAGCCCCAACUGCCUCAGUGUCACUCUGCACCACCUCAAUGGCUCCCAGCAACAGUCUGGGGACAACCUGGUGUGUCACAGCGGAGAUGGACAUGUCCUAGCUGGCUCCUGUCUCUACGUGGGCAUGCCCCCGGAGAAGCCGGUCAACCUAACCUGCUGGUCCCGAAACACAAAGGACCUGAGCUGCAAGUGGACCCCUGGGGGUCGGGGCGAAACCUUCAUCAAAACCAAAUACACCCUCAAGUACAAAUUGAGGUGGUACGGGCGAGAGAGGGAAUGUGAGGAAUACAGCACGGGGCAACGCUACACGUGUUAUAUCCCCCGGGACUUGGCCCUCUUUACUCCCUACGAGAUCUGGGUGGAGGCGUCCAAUCAGCUAGGGACUGCCACCUCUGAUGUCAUCACUCUGGAUAUCCUGGAUGUGGUGACCACAGACCCUCCAGAUAAUGUCCAUGUGAGUCGUGUGGGGGAGCUUGAGGACCAACUGACAGUGCAUUGGGGCAUCCCCCCGGCACUCAAAGACUUCCUCUUCCAGGCCAAAUACCAGAUACGCUACCGACUGGAGGACAGCACUGAAUGGAAGGUGGUGGACGAUGUAGGUAACCAGACAUCGUGCCGGCUAGCGGGGCUAAGGGCAGGGACGGUGUACUUUGUCCAGGUGAGGUGCAACCCAGUGGGGAUCUACGGCUCCAGGAAGGCUGGGAUCUGGAGUGACUGGAGCCACCCUUCAGCUGCCUCCACACCCCACAGUGAGCGGCUGCAGAGUGGAUCAUGUGAGCCCAAGCCAGGCGAACAGAACUCCACCCUGCGACGGGAGCUCAAGCAGUUCUUUGGCUGGGUUCGCAAACACGCCUAUGGCUGCAGCGGCAUGUCAAUCAAACUCUACGACCAGUGGCGGGUGUGGCUGCAGAAAUCGCAUAAAACGCGCAACCAGGUAGGUAAGAAUAAUAUCCCCUUUAUUUCUGUUAUAACUCAGUCAUGGUACAUAACUGUGAAGCCUAUGCUAUGUACUACUAGGCUACUGUAGCUCCUUAUCACAACAACACCCUCUGUUGUCAAUGUGUUGAACUCUGCAUACACCCUGAUUUUCUGACCCCUUUGUCCUGAAUUGAACUUUUGCGAUGUGUUCAGUGUUGUGGAAGCACACAGAACCAUCAUUGCCCUAAAACUUGUUAGACAUUCUGAUGUCUGUGUCUGUUUUAUGCUCAGGUAUGUGUGCGAUUUCCACUUUUUCGGCACAGAGUACAGCUUAAUGUUGAUAUCCACUCAGUUUUCUGAGUCAUGCAAUAUCAUUUUAUUAUUUUAAUGGCAUAGAUUUGAUUUUCAGUCGAUUACCACAACAAAGAGAAAUGAGCAUGUUAAUAUAAUUAAGAACCACUUUAAUGUGUUGCUUUUGUGUUCUCUCUGUGACGCGAGGAGCUUGUUUCACAACAUAACUCACCCCAAAUGGCAGCCAGGAGGACUGAGCUCACCGCUAAGCCACAUCCUCUGUACGCCCCCUGAACCUAAUCGUUGGUUGUUAUGCUACUGAGGACAAGAGAACUGCCUGACACGUUUAGCUCACAUGAUUAGCGUGGCGUAUCCCGAAUAGUGUCUGUGUUUAACUGCUCUGAGAAAAAAGGGCAGUUCAACUGGCUGUUACCAAUACAAUAUUCAAAUAACAUACAGCUCAGACACCCAUACAUACCCCACAAGACAUGCCACCAGGGGUCUCUUCACAGUCCAAGUCCAAAGAAAAUUCACGGCAACGCUCAGUAUUAUACAUGAUCGCAUGGAACUCCCUUCUCCAGUUUCUAAAGUAAACAGCAAAAUGGCCUUAAACAAAACAGAUGAAUUAAAACCUCUACGGGAUCGGUGACCCCUCCGCAGGAUGGUUGAGCUAACGUAGGCUAAUGUGAUAAGCAUGAGGUUGUAAGUAACAACAAAAAAUCCCAUGACAUUGACAUAUCUGAUAUGGCAGAAAGCUUCAAUUCUUGUUAGUCUAACUGCACUGUCCAAUUUACAGUAGCUAUUACAGUGAAAUAAUACCAUGCUAUUGUUUGAGUGCACAAUUAUGAACUUGAAAAUGUAUUAAUAAACCAAUUAGGCACAUUUGGGCAGUCCUGAUACAAAAUUUUGAACAGAUAUGCAAUGGUUCAUUGGAUCAGUAAGAGACUUUGCACAUACACUGCUGCCACCUUGUGGCCAAAAUCUAAAUUGCACCUGGGCUGGAAUAAUACAUUACGGCCUCUCUUGCAUUUCAAAGACGGGAAAAAACAGUUGAAAACGCAUGUUUUUUUCCCUUUGUAUUAUCUUUUACCAGAACUAAUGUGUUAUAUUCUCCUACAUUAAUUUCACAUUUCACAAUUUCACAUCUAACUGACUGUGCUACAGGCAGUUAGAUUUGGGUAUGUAAUUUUAGGCGAAAAUUGAAAAAAAGGGUCGGAUCCUUAAGAGGUUAUAAACAUCUUAAAAGGCACAAUAGUGACUGUGAAAUGACACACACACACACACACACACACACACACACACACACACACACACACACACACACACACACACACACACACACAAUCUACACACAUUAUUAUUUAGUUGUAUAUCGUUGUAUUUUACAUUUGUGUGACUGUCUAUCAGUGUAGCAGUGUUUUGUUAUUUGUCAUGUUUUAUAUUUUUUUGUGGACUCCAGGAAGAAUAGUUGCUGCUUUGGCAAAAGCUAAUGGGGAUCCAAAUAAACUAAAAACCAAUACGCAAUUAGUGUCAGUAUGAUAAGGAAUAUGAAUUACCGUUCAAUUGAAUUACCCCAAUAUUAAACAUUUGUUUUCCCUUUCAGAUUCUAUAAGGCGAUAAAUCAUAACACAUCCUAAACAUCAUUGAAAUAUUUAAGCAACAUUCACAACAGCAACUGAGAAACUGUCAGAAGGCCACUUUGAGGCCUCUCGGUGAAAGCGAUCCAACACUGGAUAUUCCAGCAUUUGUUCACACACAACAACUCUUCUUUGUAGGAAUCCAUGUGGAACAGAAAAAGACCUGAUGCAAGACGCCAGCGUGUUACACUGCUGUCUGCAGCCCUGGAUUAAAAUAGAGUGGAAUCCCAUCUCUAAGAACUUCUCCUCUCCAUCCCCUCCUCUCCACACAAACACACUCUUACACUCACAUCUCCUGGGAGUGCCAAAGUGGAGAGCCUUUUUCUUAGCACAUUUCAGACCAAGGCCCUCUGAUCGCUGAGUGGGAGCAUGGAAAAGUUUCUUAAUGUAGCAUUAGUAUGUGCUCGACUCAGAUGGCCAUAAAUCAUCUUACAGACUACCGUCAGAUCAGACACAUAGUGGCCACCAUCACAGGCUUUUACCACAGACACAAGGGCAUUAUGCAAUCUUGCUGGAAUGUCAUAUACAGUAUAAAGAACUUCACUAAUUCAGCUCCUGUUCUGGAAACUCAAUCACAGAACAUUUGUCAGAAUUCAAUAAGAUGAAGGUAUUUUCAUAAUGUAUUUCCAUUCUAGCAACUUUAAUAGCCACACAGUUGUCUAAGCCACACUAUAUAUAAACAAAAGUAUGUGGACACGCCUUCAAAUUAGUGGAUUCGGUUAUUUCAGCCACACAGGUAUAAAAUGGCGCACACCGCCAUGCAAUCUCCAUAGACAAACAUUGUCAGUAGAAUUGCCUUAGUGAAGAGCUCAGUGACUUUCAACGUGGCACCUUUCAUUUGGUCAAAUUUCUGCCCUGCUAGAGCUUCCCCGGUCAAUUCUAAGUGCUGUUAUUGUGACGUGGAAACAUCUAGGAGCAACAACGGCUCAGGCGCAAAGUGGUAGGCCACACAAGCUCACAGAACGGGACCACCGAGUGCUGAAGUGGGUAGCACGUAAAAAUCAUCUGUCCACUACAGAGUUCCAAACUGCAUCUGGAAGCAACGUCAGCACAAGAUCUGGCCGUUGGGAGCAUCAUGAAAUGGGUUUCCAUGGCCGAGCAGCCGCACACAAGCCUGAGAUCACAAUGCCAAGCGUCGGUUGGAGUGGUGGAAAGCUCACCGCCAUUAGACUCUGGAGCAGUGGAAACGCAUCCUCUGGAGUGAUGUAUCACAUGUCACCAUCUGGCAGUCCGACUGGGUUUGGCGGAUGUCAGGAAAACGCUACCUGCUCCAAUGCAUAGUGCCAAUUGUAAAGUUAGGUGGAGGAGGAAUAAUGGUUCAGGCCCUUUAGUUCCAGUGAAGGGAAAUCUUAACACUAGAGCAUACAAUGACAAUUUAGACAAUUCUGUGCUUCCAACUUUGUGGUAACAGUUUGGGGAAGGCCCUUUCCUGUUCAGCAUGACAAUUCCUUUGUGCACAAAACAAGGUCCAAGCAGGAAUGGUUUGUCGAGAUCGGUGUGGAACGCCGACUGCGAGCCAGGCCUAAUUGCCCAACAUCAGUGCCCAACCUUACUAAUGCUCGUGGCUGAAUGGAACCAAGUCCCCGCAGCAAUGUUCCAACAUCUAGUGGAAAGCCUUCCCAGAAGAGUGGAGGCUGUUAAAGCAGCAAAGGAGGGGGACCAACUCCAUAUUAAUGCCCAUGAUUUUAGAAUGAGAUAUUUGACAAGCAGGUGUCCACAUACUUUUGGUCAAGUAGUGCAUGCAUUAAUGGAUGUAAUUGCAUAGGUCUUUUAAUUACAAAAACUUGGGUUGGUAUGCUCAUACACCGUUUUGUGGAUUGGCUGGUGUAUACAGUCAUAGCAAUUGAACUUCAGAUAUUUCUGCAGUUUGUUGGUCAUAUGGAAGUGUUUUCUUGUUCUUUGGGUUUGUACUACUCUGGAUUCCUUUUGUUGAAAUAAGUGGCAUAAUGUUUAACUGUAUAUACUGUGUCUGAGUGACUGUGCAGAUGAGGACAUUUUUAUAUUGCUUAUAUUUUUGUAUAUGAAUAUUUAAGAAAUUCUAAUUAAUAAUUUCCCUCAUUAAGUUAUGUUCAGUUAUCAAUGAUAAAUAUAACUGUCAAAUAUUUUGGCCGUUUGUCUAUAAAACAAUAAAGGAAUAACACUU